AUGCGACUGCAAAGGACGACUCCUCUACUACGGCUGAAUCCGAGACCCAAUCGGACAGCCUCGCAGUUCGAGGGGCGAUGCAGGUUUGUAUGGGGCCACACUGAAUUUAGCAUCAGAUCGGAGAUAACCACGGCCUUCGUUAAGGGGAUCGGGAGAGCAAGAAGUCUGAAGUCGCUGGUCUCGGCAAAAUACUUAAUCUCGCCAGCCAUGCCAUGCCAUGCCAUCAUGGAUGUCAUCGGUCAGUGCUCAACGGUUCAAGGGCGAGUCGGAUCAUACGGGACGCACAUGCAAGUGUAUGAAAGCCUGCCUUGGCCCUUUCAAGUCGACUGGCCAAAUUUCGCCACUACUUUGACCACUAGAAGUACAGACACGUUACCAGGGGCCGGCCUCCGAAGGGAAAGCGGAAUGAGUUCCAGAACGAAGCAGCGUCUUCACAUCAAGACAUCGAAUCUACAAGGUGUUCCCAUCCAGCUAGACUCUCGUGCCCUGGAAGAUGUAAUCUCGAGAGUCGAGAGUGUUGAGUGGAGGAUGAAGAGGCUGCAUACCGGCGACAGCGGCAGCUCUGCCGGGUUGAAGCAGACUGAGAUGAUGCAGAUCCAGCUCUACCAAAUGCGAUCGGCUCACGGGGCACAGGCUGGCGCCGAUCUGCUCUCUGCACUGCGGGAGGGUAUGGGUAGAACUAUGGGUAUGGGUAUGGGUAUGGCCGUGCACAGAAGGCUGCGUGACAGGCCCACGGAGGACUCCGCCAUGCGCCAUGCGGGAGCGCGCGAUCAAAUCAACUGCACACAGCGUGAGCGUGAGCAGCGUAGUUCUAUGGAGAUGCAGAUGCAGGUGCAGGAGCAUGGGCCAGGCGAUCUCCACUCAGCGCUCCACUCCACUGCUCCUCAAGCCUCGAGGUCUCGAUAG